GAAGAAGCGUACAAAGCCCAAGUGAACCAUGGCGCCAGAGAACGCAAUUUACAACAAGGCCGCAGAGUGCUUGGCAGCUUUGAAUCGUUGCGUUGAGUCGAUGACAUCGACGCCAUGGCCGCAAGAGCAGCUUGACCGGUUCAACCUUUGGGCCGCCCACGGCGGCAUCUUUGGAAGUUAUCAGAAACACACUUCCAUGGACUGGCGCCUGCGCGAGCGACCGGAGUUGGUGGACAUGAUGCUGCAGCUUCUGGAUUUACUGCACGAGUAUCUAUCUGGAAUCUGUGCCUUGAUCGAUCCCGAAAGCGAUCCCAAGUUUGAUGCCGGCGAUACUAUCACCGCUAUACAAGAUGCAGACCGCCAGACUCAACCACCUUCAUCUCCCACGUCAGCAUCAACCAGCUCAUCAGAAUGUUCAUUUGGCCUGGGUCCUGAAAAGUUGUCUGUAGUUGCAGAUCCAAUCGACGCAAUGCGAGGGAAGGUGGAGCAGACAGUUGCAGAACUUUUCAGAAUCUCUGCAGCCAUCCGCUCCGCUGGAAUGAGCUACAGACAUACCGAAGCCGCAAACUUUGUCGAGUGGCAAGAUGGCAUGAAUAUAACACAAAGAUUCAAAGAAGACGUGGAGUUGUUGCUGCGAUGCAAGAAGCCUUCCCCUAGCGACUACAUGGUGAAGCGGCUGGUUGAAACCAUUUGUUUACGGCAAAGGGAACUGGCAUACUCCCGCCGCAAGAGGAUGGAUAGGAGCGGAAAGGAUGCAAUGGAAGAUUCCAUCGAAUCCCACGACAUGUCAACAAUAUACACCGCCACACAUGUGCCUACAACGAUUUUUCCUCGGACAAAGCCUAUGGAAUCCUUGACAACGCGACCGCAAUGGCGUACAAUAGACGAUUCUCUCACCAACCUUCCGCUACCACCAAAUGUGGGCGAAAGGCUCGAGGUCGAAUGCCCGUACUGUUUCAUUCCGUUCGAAAGAGCAAAAUUCGAAGCAUCUUCCUGGAGCAUUUCAUGGAUCCGCCACAUGCAGACGAAGCACACAGUGGUUAAAUGGAAAUGCGUCUCACCGUGCCAGUCAGAAGUACGGGUCUUUCAGACGGAAGCGGAGUUCUUGGCCCAUGCCGAGUCUGAACACAAAGAAGAUUUUACUACCGAAGAGAUUUUUGAGCUCGCAAAUCUUGGAAGAUACGAGAUCGCUCGCGAGCUUGAGGUUGAUCUUUUGCUGGAGUGCCCAAUAUGCGCGGUUUCGUUCAAGGGCAAGGACUCUUUGAGUGUGUACAGCCACAUUGCCGAUGAUCUUGCAGAAUAUGCUGGGAUAUCCCUGCCCGAGUCCCCAUAUGCCGAUGCGAACAGCCACAAGGCGACCACAAAACGGACCAAAUGGAGCUAG